CUUCUCUUCCUUCUCUUCUCCUCUCCUCUCCUGUCUCCUCUCAUCUGCUCUGCUCUGCAGCUGCUGCCCCCAAUCCGCUCGCUUCCGCCUUUGACGUAAUAUCUUCCUUUAAUACUACCUACCUGCCUUCAAAUACAAUGGACGCCCUCAAGAACGUUCUGAGCAAGGCCACCAAUGACACGGCCACUCCUCCCCAGCCUUCCCCCGAGGCUGUCUCCCAGCUCAAGGAGAAGUACGCCAGUGCGGGACAGGAGCACGUCUUCACAUUCUUCGACUCCCUGAGCGCCGCCGAGCAGGCCGUCUUCUUCGAGCAGCUCUCCCGCUUCGACCCCGUUUACAUCAACGACAUUGCCGACAAGGCCCUGCAUCCUCCUGAAGAUGACGACACCGCCGCCGACCUGGAGCCCCUGCCCGAGUCUGCCCGCGCCAGCAUCCUCGACUCGAGCCCUACUGACAUCAACAAGUGGUACGAGUCCGGCCUGGACCUGAUUGGCAGCAACCAGGUGGCCGUCGUGCUCAUGGCCGGUGGUCAGGGCACCAGACUGGGAAGCUCUGCCCCCAAGGGCUGCUUCGACAUUGGCCUGCCCUCGCACAAGUCGCUCUUCCAGAUCCAGGCCGAGCGUAUCCGCAAGGUCGAGCAGCUGGCGGCCAAGAAGGCCGGCAAAGACAAGGUCGUUGUGCCUUGGUACGUCAUGACCAGCGGCCCUACCCGCAAGCCCACCGAGGACUUCUUUGCCUCCAACAACUACUUUGGCCUGGACAAGGACAACGUCCAGAUCUUUGAGCAGGGUGUACUGCCUUGUAUCUCUAACGAGGGCAAGAUUAUCCUCGAGGCCAAGGGCAAGCUUGCUGUCGCCCCCGAUGGCAACGGCGGAAUCUACCAGGCCCUGAUCGUCUCCGGCGUUCUCGACGACAUGCGCAAGCGCGGCAUCCAGCACAUCCACGCCUACUGCGUCGACAACUGCCUGGUCAAGGUUGCCGACCCUGUCUUCAUCGGCUUCUCCGCAUCCUUGAACGUCGACAUUGCCACCAAGGUGGUGCGAAAGCGCGAUGCCACCGAGUCCGUCGGUCUCAUCCUCUGCAAGAACGGCAAGCCCGACGUUGUCGAGUACUCUGAGAUUGACAAGGCGACUGCCGAGGCUCGCGACCCUAGCAACCCGGACCUUCUCAAGUUCCGCUCUGCCAACAUUGUCAACCACUAUUACUCGUUCAGCUUCCUCGAGAGCAUUCCUACAUGGGCGCACAAGCUGCCCCACCACGUUGCUCGCAAGAAGAUUCCCGCUCUCGACCUCGAGUCGGGAGAGCUGAUCAAGCCCGCCAAGCCCAACGGCAUCAAGCUCGAGCAGUUCGUCUUUGACUGCUUCCCUCUGCUGCCUCUGGACAAGUUUGCCUGCAUGGAGGUGAACCGCGCCGACGAGUUCUCCCCUCUCAAGAACGCCAAGGGCACCGGACAGGACGACCCCGACACCAGCAAGGCCGAUAUCAUGAACCAGGGUCUCCGCUGGGUCAAGGCGGCCGGAGCCACUGUUGUAUCUGAGGGCGGCAUCGAGGUGUCUCCCCUGAUCAGCUACGGUGGUGAAGGACUUGAGUACCUCAAGGGCAAGACCAUUACAGCUCCGGCCGUCCUGGAGCUGGAGAAGGCAUAA